AAAUGAUCACCCCGCCGACUCCGCCGCCCGAGGGGAGUUUUGGGCAGUGUUUUUUCCGUUUCCCGAAAUGGGCAAAAGUGGGCAUUUUGGCUGGUACGCCUUCCAAGGAAUCUAUACAAUGCAAGACUUCAGGGAGUUGGCAUCACAAGGAACCAAGGUGCAAAUCAUACCCUAAAGAAGACCUAGAGCCAAGCGUCCUAUAAAUCCGUAUUUGGCUAUUUCUUCCUCCCGUCCUUAUGGGCAUUUUGUAAAUAGGGUGCUUUAUGGAUUCAGCACGCUUCCCCCUGGCGGCUACGGGCGGACAUUUAGAAGUACCCAUCACAUCUCCCUGUGGGCUGCAGCAAAGCUGAUGAUUUAGAGCCACCACAAAACCAGUGGGAAACAUGAAAACAAACCCUGUCAUCCAAGCUGCCAUUGACCUCACAGCAGGGGCUGUAGGAGGCACUGCCUGUGUGAUUACUGGCCAGCCAUUCGAUACCGCCAAGGUGAAAAUGCAGACAUUCCCUGCCAUGUACCGAGGGCUUGUGGACUGUUUUGUGAAGACUUACAAGCAAGUGGGGUUUCGAGGCUUCUACAAGGGCACCACCCCGGCUCUGGUCGCUAACAUUGCCGAAAACGCAGUGCUCUUCAUGUGUUACGGCUUUUGCCAAAACAUUGUGAGGAGAAUCGUUGGACUAGACAAGAAAGCAGAGUUGAGUGACCUUCAAAAUGCUGCCGCUGGCUCCUUUGCUUCUGCCUUUGCCACCUUAGUCCUCUGUCCCACAGAACUUGUGAAGUGUCGCCUGCAGGCCAUGCACGAAAUGCAGUUAUCUGGGAAGAUUGUGCACGGACACAAUACAGUUUGGUCAGUAGUGAAAGGUGUUCUGAAAAAGGACGGUCCCUUUGGAUUCUACCGUGGCUGGUCCAGCACUUUGCUGCGCGAAAUCCCAGGCUAUUUUUUGUUCUUUGGAGGCUAUGAACUGAGCCGAACAUUUUUUGCAUUUGGAAGGCCGAAAGAGGAAUUAGGUCCUGUGGCACUGAUGAUCAGCGGCGGUUUCGGUGGCAUGUGUCUCUGGAUUGCUGUCUAUCCCAUUGACUGCAUCAAAUCUAGAAUUCAGGUUCUUUCCAUGGCAGGAAAACAGGCAGGCUUCAUGUUAACGUUCGCAAGUGUGCUCCGGAAAGAAGGUGUCUUUGCCUUGUAUUCGGGACUGAAACCUACGAUGAUUCGAGCUUUCCCAGCCAACGGUGCAUUGUUCCUUGCCUAUGAGUACAGUCGGAAACUGAUGAUGAACCAGUUUGAUGUGUAAUAUUUUUUAUUGUAGACUUAAAAUCAUUGGAAACCUUUAUAGGUCAUGAGAGCUGCUGCAAGAACAAAAAAAAAUCAAGUUUUAAA